GUAAACUUCAAGUUAGUUGUCAAACCUAGUCAAUCCUAGUCAAAGAUAGUCAAUGCUAGUCACAGCUUGGUUUAAAGACUUUCCAAAAAUUGAAGGCAAGAUGCCUCGCCUCAGGGAUAAUGCUGCCAAAAAGGCACAGCGUAAGGACGCUGUACGGGAGGAGAAGGUGCGUUUGGCUCAAAUUAAAAUGGAUUCAACUCUCCUGAAGGUCGAUGAGCUGGGUAGACGCUACGUGGAGGCGGUGGACAAGCAAAUCAAGCUCCUCCGAGACUCCACCGACAAGGAACUGCUGAAUAUGAAGUGGUCGGACUUUCUGGCCCUCAAGAUUGAUAAGUUUGCUGAUUACCAAAGAUCAGAUCCUCUCCCAGUUCCCACUAGUACUGUAGCCACACGAAGUCGCUCCGUAAACCGGAAGCCGCAAAGGAUUCGCACUAUGCAAAGGACUUGGACUCGGGUGCAUUCGGUGGACAGGGAGAAAAUGGAUGAUGAUCCGACUUUAAGCUUCCUGCGCUGGCCUCGUGCCGGUGAACCGGUGCUCUCAAAGGCAGGAAGUCCUUUGGCCUUGCCAAAGCCGCUGGAAGAGCGUUGUCCCAAUGUCCAGAUCCCCACCAGUAAGGGAGUUAUCACAGUGAAGCCACACAAGCUGAUGAAACAGGUGAAACGUGAAGUGCUAAUGAAUUUGGAUCAGAAUACUUUAGCCCAGGUGAAGACACUAACUGCUAAUCUGGGUGAAAUUGUGAAUAUGGCCACCAAAAUGGGAAAACUUUAGAUUUUUCGAUAGAAUUUAGUAAAUAAAUCAAAGCA